GUCAUAUACUCUAUUUCCAAUGUAGAUAAAAGCCCCGAAUGAAUACAUGAGUACAAUUCAUUUCAGAGCCAUCGACGAUAGAUAAUAACAGCGUACUGAUAACGAAAAUGUUUACAAGGAAUAUGAUAGGAGUGGACGAAAGAAAUCACAAGAAAAAUACCUCGUUUUCGAGGAAAAUUAAAAUAUUUUUUAUAUUAAUUCAAAUAUUAUUAAGUUUGGAUUUCGGGUUUAUAGAAUACAAAACUCUAAAACAGAAGUUUUUACUAAAAUUGAUGACGUUUUUGGUGUCUUUGUGUUUGGGGAUCUUUAUAGUAAAAAUGUUAUACAAUAUGGGUGACUACUACUAUAUAAAUUGGGGCUUAAAAUUUUUAUUAGAGUAUUACUUGUACAUUUUAAUUUUGAUUUUUACUCCAGAACAUAGAACGUUUCGUUUUUAUCAAACGAAAUUACAACAGUUUGAUAAUAAAAUCCAAGUCCAAACUUCAUCUUUUAAGUUGGACAACAAAAUAAUGUUCUGCUUCAUGUUGUUGUUUUCCUUUGAUAUGAUAACAAUUUUUCUUUAUUACGCAUAUUCCGAUGACUACGAGUUACAAAUGUACUUACAAUAUAUAUUUUAUAUCCCUUUGCGUUCCUACAAUUUACCUUUAAUAAUAUUUUACUUCGUAUACCUCUCGAUGCUCUAUAGGUUAAAGCAACUUAACGUGUACAUUGAAAGUCGCAAAUCUUCUGUAUUAAGUACAUUACGACUUUAUAUGUUCCUAAGUGAUUCUAUGGACAAUGUCAUGAUAUCCUUCAGAUACAUUUAUUUUGUAUGCUUAUUAUUUAACAUACCAGGAAUGAUGGGAUCUACAUACUUGCUGAUUGAACUUAUACAGACGAAAAGCAACGAAUUAAACAUUGGAAUGCUUAUACCGUAUUUCUCUCUUUUCCAAGAAGUCAUUAUUAGGACUGCUCCAACCAUAACAGCCACCUGCAUGUCGCAAGAAGCUAUGAAAAUUAAAAUUCUUUUAUAUGAUCACAUUCUUCAAGAAAGAGAUAGUCGUGAAAUACGCAUUAUGGAGAGAUUCGCCAAGUACAUAGACGCAAGGCCGUUCAAAUUCUAUAUUUUCUUCAUAAUUCCUAUGGACGCUACGUUACUCGUCAUAGUGCUUGAUGCUUGCAUCAGUUAUCUCAUCAUCAUAAUACAGAUGACACACAUUGUAUAAGGCUUAAUGCUUAGAAUUCUAAGUCUGAAAUAGUUUUCCCUUGAUUCAGGCUUGGUUUUCUUUUUCGCCUAAAUUAAUGACUUAUUGAUAUAGUUUUUGAAAUUAUUUUAUUUUAUUGUAAGAGACCUUAAUUUAUGAUACACUUUUAGUUCUACCGAAAAAUUAAAGAACCUUCCGGGGUUAAGAAAAUGUGAAUGUAAUUUUAAAUAAGCCUAUUUGUUUCAGGGUGAAGUAUAUUUUUGUAUUUAGGUUGUCCCUAAAAUUUAAAUAGUCUUUUAUUUAACUUGUAAUUCGUAGGCUCAUGUAUUUUCCUUAAAAAAAUAAUACCAAAAGCUGGCCGUUGUUACAAAAAUUUAACAAUGUUCAUUGGUCUUCUGUAGUUGUUUUAUAUUUCGAUAUCAAAACAUAAAAGGACUAUUCUUUGUUUAGGCUGGACGGAUGUUAAUGUAAUAUUCACUAGGAAAUUAUGUUAUUACAAGUCAUUUUAUUCUAGAAAUAUAGUUUCAUAGCGUAAAUAUAACUAAGCGUCAUCUUGGAAGAAUCCUGAAGAACAAAUUGUUCAUUGUUUGUUUGAUUGUUGUUGUCAUAGCAGGACAACUUUUAUAUUUAUAGUAUGUACAAAUAAAA